AUGAAACCCAAACCGGUCACAUUGCCGAAAAGGAAACAGUUUCCUAUCACCACAGAGUUCAAAACACGUCUACAGUUACUAUCAAAUGGACAGCAGCAAAAUACCGUAAAGAACUUUGAUAUCAAUGCCCUAUUCCCCUCCACAUGGAGCCCUGUACCUAUCGAUUUACCUAAAACUGCCCCACAGUUGAUAGAAACAAUAGGAACCCCGAUCUACAAGUGCAGAACAGACUACAGGAUACUGAUCAACAACCUCCUAUCUGUAUAUUCAGAAAGCAGUCCAAAGUUAUCCAGGUAUCAUGAUUUUCUUUACGAAAAAGUAUCAUACGACACUGAAUUGCCUUCCAGUACCCCUAUAGAAACACACAAAUUAGCCCUGGAUCCUUUAUUUGAAGAGCGCAACUUUGAAGGAAUCAUAUCAUAUCUUCACAACAUCAAAAGCGAACCGAAUUCUGAUUUGUACAUCUAUUUGAUGGACAGAUUUUUUCAAAUUUCAAGGUACAAAUACUAUAGGGCCACUAUUCAAAGCAUCUUCUACAACCACCGUCAAAUAGAUUCACUUCUUUACGCUCAAAAUUUUGCUAUCCGGCCCAAUGAUGAUCUCAUAAGCAAGUACCUACUAUUUUGCAUCAAUAACAAAUAUAAACGAACGUACUUGCACACCCUACAACUACUAAACUAUCUGAAACCACUGAAGAAUAACUACCAGAAAUACAACAGCCACCCUUGGUUCAUGCCCUCCGAAGUUGACCCUCCUUCUAAAUUACAUCCUUAUCCCAUGUCUGAAUAUCAAUUAAAUCUAGUCACAAAAAUCAUCUUCCAUCAACGGUCCAAGUCAAUUAAUAUGAGCUAUCUUCUGAAUAAUGCUCCCUUUCAAGAAGAAACGAUGACGCUGAUGGAUCCAAAGGCCCUUUUUUGUGACAGAGACCUGUAUCGGGUGGCACUAAGGGGUUGCAUCAGGUUCAGACAAUUUGACAUUUUCAAAUUACUCCUUCAAAACCUCAUCUUCAACAGUGUGAUCUACACAGAUUCUGAGACUCAGAUAUCUGAAUUGAAAAUCUGUGUCAGCGAUCAAGAGAUUCCAGAUACAAUGAAGGCAGUUUAUAAUGCCAAAACUGUCCAAGAUAUCAACCUAAUUUUUGACAAGACUGUCUUGAAGAUGAUUCUGGAUUUUGCUCUCCUGACCAAAGAUGAGAAGGUGUUUGAGUGGUGCUGGACCGUCUUUAAAGAUUCCUAUUUGAGCAACAUGAACAUAUUCAAGGAGUCACUGAAAGCAGAGGUUUUUGAUAACUACGUCAUUCAAAGGAUAUAUGAAAUAUCCAAGGUCUUUUCAAUGGAUAACACAGUUUACCACGAUCUUAACCUUUACUUUGACAUGCAAUAUAUAACCAAUCUUUCUACAUAG